GUGUAUAAGUGCCAUAAGUGGCACGAAGUGUCGACUUGCAAAUCAAAUCAUCGAAGUCUUAAAAACGCUAUUGUUAGUGAUUACCGUCGAAACAAUUAAAGAGAAGAUAUUCUAACGAUGUCGAAAGCACCGGCAGUUGGAAUUGACCUGGGCACCACGUAUUCGUGCGUGGGUGUCUUUCAGCAUGGAAAAGUUGAGAUCAUCGCCAAUGACCAGGGUAACCGGACUACACCAAGCUAUGUAGCCUUCACCGACACCGAGAGGCUGAUCGGCGAUGCGGCGAAGAACCAGGUUGCUAUGAAUCCUAGCAACACCAUCUUCGAUGCAAAGCGUUUGAUCGGUCGUCGUUUCGACGAUACGACGGUGCAAAGCGACAUGAAGCACUGGCCGUUCACGGUGGUCAAUGAUGGCAGUAAACCAAAGAUCAAAGUGUCUUACAAGGGUGAGAUGAAGACUUUCUUCCCCGAAGAGGUGUCCUCUAUGGUCUUGACGAAGAUGAAGGAGACGGCGGAGGCAUACUUGGGCAAAACUAUAACAAAUGCCGUCAUCACUGUGCCGGCUUAUUUCAAUGACUCUCAAAGACAAGCGACAAAGGAUGCCGGCGCUAUUGCUGGCUUGAACGUUCUCAGAAUAAUAAACGAACCCACAGCCGCCGCGAUAGCGUAUGGUCUCGAUAAAAAGGCUGCAGGUGAAAAAAAUGUUCUGAUCUUUGACUUGGGUGGUGGUACUUUUGACGUGUCGAUUCUGACGAUCGAGGAUGGUAUCUUCGAGGUGAAAUCCACGGCUGGCGACACGCAUCUUGGUGGCGAGGAUUUUGACAACCGAAUGGUGAACCAUUUUGUGCAAGAAUUUAAGAGGAAAUACAAGAAAGAUCUGAGCAGUAACAAGAGAGCUCUGAGACGCCUAAGGACUGCUUGUGAGAGAGCGAAGAGAACGUUGAGCUCGUCGACGCAGGCGAGCAUUGAGAUCGAUUCAUUAUUUGAGGGGAUUGACUUCUAUACAUCGGUCACUAGAGCCAGGUUCGAGGAGCUCUGCGCUGAUCUGUUUAGAAGCACUCUCGAACCCGUGGAGAAGGCUCUUAGAGAUGCGAAGAUGGAUAAAGCUCAAGUUCACAGCAUCGUUCUAGUCGGUGGCUCCACCAGGAUACCAAAAAUUCAGAAACUACUUCAAGAUUUCUUUAAUGGCAAGGAACUGAAUAAAUCCAUUAAUCCGGACGAGGCUGUUGCUUAUGGUGCAGCAGUUCAGGCGGCCAUUCUGCACGGCGACAAGUCUGAAGAAGUCCAAGAUCUACUUCUGUUGGACGUUACUCCAUUAUCAUUGGGUAUUGAGACCGCUGGCGGCGUUAUGACCACCUUGAUCAAGAGGAACACGACGAUACCAACGAAACAGACCCAGACGUUCACCACAUACUCCGACAAUCAACCGGGCGUGCUCAUUCAGGUCUACGAGGGAGAGAGAGCGAUGACGAAAGAUAAUAACAUCCUUGGCAAAUUUGAGCUGACGGGUAUUCCUCCAGCACCUAGAGGUGUACCGCAAAUCGAAGUUACUUUCGAUAUCGACGCCAAUGGUAUAUUGAAUGUCUCUGCGAUCGAGAAAUCUACGGGCAAGGAAAAUAAGAUCACGAUUACCAACGAUAAGGGUCGCUUGUCGAAAGAAGAUAUAGAGAGGAUGGUGAAUGAAGCCGAGAAGUACCGAUCGGAGGACGAGCAGCAGCGGGAGAGGAUUUCCGCCAAGAAUGCUCUCGAGUCAUAUUGCUUCAACAUGAAGAGCACGAUGGAGGACGACAAAGUUAAAGAUAAGAUCGAAGCGUCCGAUAAAGAGAAAGUUCUUUCUAAAUGCAACGAAGUCAUCUCCUGGUUGGAUGCCAAUCAAUUGGCGGAGAAGGAAGAGUUCGCCGACAAGCAGAAAGAACUGGAAGCUUUAUGCAAUCCCAUUGUCACAAAACUAUACCAAAGUGGUGGAGCGCCUGGUGGGUUCCCUGGUGCUGGCGGAGCAGGAGCCAAUCCUGGUGCUGGUGGCGCUGGACCAACCAUCGAGGAAGUUGAUUAAAUGAAAUGACGAACUCCUGUUCUUCUUUUAUUACAAUUACAUUAAAUUUCGUAUCAUUUAAUUUUGUUUCACAUUCAACACUUUAUCGUUGACUUAAGUUCAGUAAACUCAUUUCAGUUUACUCUUUGCAAAAAUAAAUUUUUUAUUUUCUAAGAUA